GCAUCAGCCAGCGUCAAAAUUUCGGUAACUAGUAUAUACGAAUAUGAGGAAUGCCAAAAAAAUGAAGAGAAAGUAAGCAACGAAGCCAAGGAUGGAAAAAAGAACGAGAAUGAAAGCGUAAAAAGGAGAGAAAAUAAAAAUGAGAGAAAUAAGAAAAAGAAGGAUGAAAAUAAUAAAAUGAACGGAAUGGGAAUGGGAAAAGAUAUAAAUGUGAAAUAUGAAUGGAAUAUUAGAAAUAAAUAUGAGAAAAUUCAAAAAUUGAAAAACGAACAAAAAGGUAUGAAAAUGCCAGAAAUAAACGAAAGAACACAUGUACAAAAUUAUAAGGUUGAAAAAAAGUAUAAGCAAGUGGAAAAGUUAAGUGAACUUAAAUAA